GUCUUUUAUUUAAAUCAGAUGUACGGUCUCUCUAAAUUUGUAAACUGCACGUGCUGUCCCAAACAAGUAGAGUAGAAGAGUAGAAGAAUAUAACGUUAAACACUAUGAAUGCAGAUGACAUCGAAAUGGAUUUGGUGGAGCCCGAGGAUGCGGAAAGCGACAUGGAUUCGGACGCGGAGGACGAUAACGAUGAACUCAAGCCAAAAGAGGUAUAUUUGCCGGGAAACAAACUGGCCGAGAACGAGGAACUUGUCUGCGACGAGAGUGCAUACGUGAUGCUGCACCAAGCUUCCACGGGAGCUCCAUGCCUAAGCUUUGACGUAAUUCCCGACGAGUUGGGCACAGAGCGGCAGUCGUUUCCUAUAACUGCUUAUAUUGUCGCCGGCACGCAAGCUUCCCGAACCCACGUCAACAACCUUAUUGUGAUGAAGAUGAGCAACCUGCACAAGACGCAGGACGAUGACGACGACGACGACGAGGAGUUGGAGGACGACCAGGAUGAUGUUGCCAACCGCGAGGAGCUUAAGAAGCCACAGAUGACCUGCGCCCUGAUCAAGCAUCAAGGAUGUGUAAAUCGCGUUCGUGCUCGCCGCUUGGGCAACACGGUGUACGCCGCGUCCUGGAGCGAGCUUGGCCGCGUCAACAUAUGGAAUUUGACCCAGCCGCUGCAGGCCGUGGAGGAUGCUCAGCUUCUCAAGCAAUACGAACAAAACGAGGCCCGUCCUGUAUUUACCUUCGGUGGCCACCAGCAGGAGGGUUUCGCAUUAGACUGGAGUCCCAGUGCGGAGGGUGUGCUGGCCACAGGAGACUGCCGGCGGGACAUUCACGUGUGGAGUCCCCUGCAGGACGGCACGUGGAAGGUGGACCAACGCCCGCUGGCAGGCCACACGCAGUCGGUUGAGGAUCUGCAGUGGAGCCCAAACGAGCGCAGCGUGCUAGCGUCCUGCUCCGUGGACAAGACGAUCCGCAUUUGGGACUGCCGAGCGGCGCCGCAGAAGGCUUGCAUGAUAACUUGUCAGGACGCUCAUGAGAGCGACGUAAACGUAAUUUCGUGGAAUCGCACUGAGCCAUUCAUCGCCAGUGGCGGUGAUGACGGCUGCCUGCACAUUUGGGAUCUACGCCAGUUUCAGGGCGGGAAGCCCAUUGCCACAUUUAAACACCACACGGACCACAUCACCACAGUGGAUUGGAGUCCCAGUGAGGCUACCGUCCUGGCCUCUGGCGGCGACGACGACCAAAUUGCUUUAUGGGACUUGGCUGUGGAGAAAGACACCGAUCAGGCGCAGGCCCCGGCACAGAACGAAGAUGAACUUAGCAAGUUGCCACCCCAGCUGCUUUUUAUUCACCAGGGCCAGAAGGAAAUUAAGGAACUCCACUGGCACGCUCAACUGCCGGGAGUAUUGCUCUCUACAGCCCACAGUGGAUUUAACAUUUUCCGCACCAUCAGUGUCUAACACCCAACUUAGGUCACCCAUAAAACUACAAGUUUAUUACUACACAAUACAAAUUUUUGUAUCCACAAUUGGCUAUUGCCUAAGAAUAAUAUCUCUUGGGAAAAUAAAAAUCUUAGUUUUAUUAUUUGCUUAAUCAAAUAAAAAGACCUCUUAACGAGGUAAAAACAA